GCUGCAGCAGAUUUCGCAGGACCUUAUUUUGGAAGUUAAAUUCGUCAGUUGAAAUCAUGGCCUCAGGUAUCAAAUUGGACGAAAGCUGUAAGAAAAUGUUCUCUUUGGUCAAAGACAAGCAUGAACACGCAUGGGCCAUCAUGAAGAUUGACAAUGAUAAAGAAGUUGUUCUUACGAAACAACAUGGCAAACUUGUAUCCAACACUGAUUUAGAGGAAAAUGAAAGACUCUUUGAAGCCAUGAAGGGGAAAGUUGCAGAACUGGACGGGCCAUGUUACAUCCUGUUCGAUUUUGUCUACCAACAGCGAAGUGGUGCUACCAAAGAUAAACCAAUUUACAUCUAUUGGUGCGAUGAUGACUGCGUUGGAGUAAAGGAAAAGAUGAAAUAUGCUGCAACUAAUUCUGAGUUGAAGAAGCAGUGCAAUGGAUUUGAGACAUUUGAAUUCCACGAUAAAGAUGACUUCUGUUUCCAAAAGAUUUCUAAUGAAUUGAAAGCAAAAGACAGGCAAUAACUUGCUGCUGUCACAAAGAGAACAGCACCUUCACUUGCCACUUUUUUAUCUCAGUUUCGAUAACUCAGUUUAACAUUAAGAAGCACUACGGCUGGUAGAUCACGUUAAGAAAGAAGUUAAUUGUAAUAGAAUAUAUGAUGAGUGAAGUUGCUGCAUUUAUGAUCUAGUUUUGUUCUUACACUGCAAUGUAUUUAUUGGGAUGCAAGUUAAUAAAUGACAAAUUUCACUGGUAUAAGCAUGUUUCUGUGAUGAACAGAAAUGUUAAAUGUUUCGUUAUCCAGGGUGUUUAUUGAGAAAUUUGGCAGUGUCAAUUAAUGGACGAUUCUAUUCUGUGUACAAUUCAAACUCUUACCAGUAAGGCCAUUUGAAUCUAGCUCCAGAAUUAUGCAAAGUCACAAGACAAAUCUACAAUCUCCUUUGCCUACCAAACGACCCUCAAUUGUGCUUUCAGUCGUAAAAAAUUUAAGGUUUACAGGACUAACUGCUUGGUUGUAGUGAAAAAGAAGACCCCCGAAAACUAAGACCUAAGACCCGAAAGG